UUUGACGAGCCCAAGUUGUGGCAGGAGGUUUCCUUUACCGUCGCAAAGCGUCAAGGCAAAAUGAACGCCCAACAAGUUACCGCCCUUCCGCGUGGCACUCUGGCCAAGGAGGACCCGUCCGACGAGAUCUAUACCGGCAAAAUCACUCGUCUCGGGACCGGCAACGAAGACACAGGGUCGAGCUCCUGUGGAGUCAUCGCAUACAGCGUGGGAGAUGAACAGUGCGAAGCAACGUUCUCGACCACCUCGCUUCGUGGCAAGCGUUUCCGCAAGAACGAUACAGUCAACUUUCGGCUUGCACCCAAUCGCGUGACGGGCAAACCGUUGGCGGUUCAAAUUUCCAAACUCAAACAGCUGUUCAGGGGCCGUGUGGAAAAUUUGUGCGAUAAUUAUGGAUUCCUGGAUCACCGUACGAUUUUUGCAGUCGUGCAGCCGUCCGAGGACGGUGGUGCCGCACCCGAUUCUGCACCUUCGACGCCUGUUCGUGGCGCAACACCUGUCGCCAACUCGACUGCGGCGGCAGCCUCUCCCAGCGAAAGUAGUUCUGCAGCUGCUGGUGUGACCGUCUUCACCGAGCCCCUCUUCUUCCACGCGACGGGGGUUGUUGGCGAGCAAGUGCGCCCCGGCGAUCUAGUCGAAUUCGCCGUGGACGCGCAAUCUCGGAACAAGCGCACUGCCGUCCAAGUGCGCAAAAUUGAGUCGGCCGAACCUGCACGCCGUCCCGCACGACUGACGACUUCCACGCAUCUGACAUCAUCGCCCACAAGUGGCUCGCCUCAAGCAGGUGCGUUCAGCAACGAGAAGCGCAUGCUUCCUAUCCGUGCGCCCAAGGGUCCUGACGGAACGCUCGGAUUUGCCUUUUCCCGAACUGUUGCCGGAGAGUUGCCCGAGACGCUUCCAAGUGGCGUGACUGUCACCGAAACGCAGCCCUCAGUGGCUUUGCCGUGA